AUGCGGGCCGCCGCGCUUCGCCCCCUGCUCCUCGUCCUGCUGGCCCUCGGGAUAUCCACACUCACAGCGCUUGCCGAACCUACGCAACCAUCGCCGCCCAUAAAGGUACAGCUGAGAGCCCCCUGGACCAAGCCCAGCCUCUCCAACAACGCCUCCUCGCUCCUCCUCGAGAUCCUCGAGGCCGCAAACGCUCGCGCACCCGACAGCUUCUUCCCGCUCGUCACCCAACUCACCGCACCCUGGAACGCAGCCGACUCCUCAUCCUCAGCAGCAGCUGCAACGGCGCAUCCCGACGCCAAAGCAACCAGCCACCGCCACCGGCACCACAAGGGCAAGCACCACCUCCAACACCCCGGCCCCACCCUCGCCAGCCUCUCGGACCGCCAGCUCGUCUCGCAGGCAGAGGAUGCCAUCAGGUCAUCCCACCUCUUCGGCACGGACAAGGACGAGGACCAGCGCGCCUCCGUCGAUGCCGCCCUCCAGCUAUGGCACACUUCGCUCGCCCUCCACGACCAGAGUCCGAGGGUGCAGGCCUUCAUGCAGCUCUACCGCACCCUCAACCUCGACCACAGGUGGAGCCAAAAGGCCCGGACCUACAAGCACGGCGUCGAGCGCUGCCACAGUUGGGUCGACUUCGAGGGGCAGGUGCUCUGCGACGAGGACGAGGUGGUGCAGGCCAUCAGGCAGGCAGCCGGACAGCAGCAUCGUCAGCAGCAGCCGCCGGUCCGACUGCUCCCCUUUGACCACGUCCUGCCAGCCCGCAGCCCAGUGUCGCAGUCAUCGUCUCGCAGUGCCCAUGGACACGGCCCCGACCUCACUUUCAUCCUCUACGGCGACCCCUUCUCCUUCAACUUCUGGGGUCUUCACUCGCUGCUCGAGGCCUACGCCACUGGCCACAGAGAGGCCGAGGGAGGCCAUCGCAUCUCGUACGUCCUGCGCUGGAGGCCUUCGGCAGAUGACAAAAGAGCCGACGGCGCGGCGCAAGCGACGCCGCCGAAAUUGCACGACGACUCGACCCUCUACCUCGCCGGCUACGGCGCCUACCUCGACCUCAAAAAGGUCGACUACCUUGUCAUCGACGACCGAAAGCUGCGCGAGGAUGCCGAGGUCGGGCAGCUCGACGAUGGCGCCUCCGACGGCGAGGACCAUGGCCAUCGGGAGCAGAGCGCCGAGAAUCGAGCCUGGAUCGAGCAGCAGAUCGGCCAGGCGCUCCCCGCCAAGAUCAACACCGGCGACGACGCGGUGGCAGAGCUGGCCAAGGAAGCGAGGGCGGCCCUGACCAAGGAGGAGAUCGACGAGCUCGGUAUACGAGCGGCCCACGUCGUCGCCAGCUCGUCUGACCCGCUCCGCGCGCUCGAGGAGCUGUCGCAGAAUUUCCCGCUCUACGCCGAGAGGCUCGCACGCUCGUCGAAGCUCGCAGACUGGGACAAUGCCGACAUGGUCAACUCGCUGCUGGCUCUCGGCGACCACCGCGUCAAGUCGGGAGCGUCGGAGCUCUGGCUCAAUGGCAAGAGCCUCGACAGCCAGGACUUUAGCCCACUCAGACUGAUCAAGACGCUCGACGACGAGAGGAGGCUGAUCGCUCCCCUACUCGGGCGUCUGGCGGGCGGCGUGCUCGAUACCGAGAUGGCCGUCGACUUGAUCUCGUCGCUGCUAAUCGGCCGCGCCUUUGUCGCCUCGUCCGACCAGUCACUCGGACAGGCCUUUUUCGAUGCCAGCGAUCGCCUCGAACGUCAGCAGCUACUCUCCGAGGUCGACAAGAACAGCGGCGCGGCAGACCCUGCCUCGCCGGGCGCCAUCACCUGGUGGAACGACGUGACCAAGGGCGCCACCUCGCGCUGGAGCAAGGACCUCUUCAACCUGCUGCGACCCAUGUGGCCGGGCCAGUUCCCGCAGAUCUCGCUCAACCUGUUCAACGUCGUCAUGGUGCUCGACCUCGGCCGCCGCGAGUCCUGCCGCUUCCUCUCGGAAAGCAUCGGGCCCAGCAUCGGCAAGGUCGGCCUGCACUGGGGCCUGGUGCCCGGCGGACUCGAGGGUCAAGACGCGAGCAGCGACAGCGCCAAGUUGGCGCGGCUGUUCUGGGAAGUGUUCGACCUCGGCGGCAGCGAGGCGGCCACGAGCUACCUGCGCAAGCUGGCCUCAUCAAAGAAGGGGGGCGAGAGCCGCGUCGACGUCAAGAGCGCCCGCAACGAGGCUUCGCUGAUCCUGCACGCCCACCUGGCCCCUGGAGAGGUCGCACAACGCCUCGACGACGUGGUCCAGGGCAGGGUUGCGCGACACCAGCAGCGCGAAAAGAUGGCCCGCGCCUACAUCGCCCGUCUGCGCGCCUCCACCGCCGAGAGCCCGCGUGGGCACGUCUUUGUCAACGGUCAGCACGUGCCGUUUGGCAGCCAGCUGAUCCAGAUGCUGCACCAGAAGAUCCAGGACCAGAUCCAGAUCCUCGCGCCGGCCAUCUACCAGCGCCACUUGACCGCCGAGAGCGAGAAUCUCGAGACCGUCUUUUACGACCAGCCGGAGACGCUCAAGUUCCGCUCGAAGCUCGUCUUCCCACCCGUCGUUGCGACCCUCGACGGCGGCGAAGAUGCGCCGCAGCACGAGGGCGUCACGUUCGCGCCUGGCGAUAUCGUGUCGGCUCUCCACUCGCUCAAGGACGGGCGCGGCGACGCCGAGGUGCUCAACCGCUUCCUCUACUCCGACAGCGCCAGCCAGGGCGAGGCAGAGACCCACGACGAGGCGCAGUACGUCAACUCGACCGUGUGGGUCAUGGGCGACCUCGACUCGAGCGAAGGCGCCGAGGUGGUGCUUAAAGUCAUCUCGGCGUCGCAGCAGGCCGGAAAGGCGAGCGAGCGCUUCCGCAUCGGCUUUCUCCAUGUCCCCGUGGUCGGAGACGUCGAUACCAAGCGCUUCGGGUCCUCGAGCCCGCCGCUCUCGGCGUAUCUGCACCGGCUGAUGCAGGAUAGCUCGAUCGAGCGACUUGCUCCCGCACAGCUUGCCGAGGCCGUCGCGGCGUACGUGCCCCUCAGCGACAACCUCGACCAGGAUGACAAGAUCGACGGACCCAGCGCUCCAGCGAACCAGCACGAGCCCACACUCGAGCACGAUGCGGCCGCCGGUAGCGCGGCAGAGCGAGCGUGGGCUACACCCGCGAUGGCGGCGGCAGACAAAUUCUGGCAGCGCGCAGGUGCCAGCGUGGCUGCGACGCUGCGUCUCGACGCCAGCCGAGGACCGGCGCUGCUGGUGCACGGGAAGGUGGUUCAGGGCUUCAAGGCGAGUGACAUUGGGCCCGAAGACAUCGCGGCGCUCCUCACCGUCGAAUCGGCCAAAAAGGUCGACGCCGUCGUGCGUGCACUGACGACGCUCAAGCCUGACUUUGACCGGCUGCCUGCGCGUGAGCGGUCGGACCUGGUGGCGGCCGUCGUCUCGAUUGCGACUCGGGCUUAUGCCGUCGACCCUGCGGAUGAGGGCAUCUUUGUCAAGGGCAAGACGCCGCGGACGGCGAUCCUCGAGGCGCUGGGCUCCGACGAGCACGUCUUCGAGCUCGGCGACCGCGCCUCUGCGGCGCUGCGCCUGUCGGUGCUGAUCGACCCGCUGUCCGAGGCGGCGCAAAAGUGGUCGACGAUCCUGCGCACGGCGGUCAAGCUGCAGGGCGCCUACGUGCGCGUCAUCCUCAACCCGAAGCUGGCCUACGGCGGCGAGAUGCCGCUCAAGCGCUUCUACCGCUUCAGCGCGCCGACCAAGCUGCGCUUCGACGAGCGCGGCCGCGAGCUGGUGCUCGAGACGCCCGACGGCUCGCGCAGCGUCGACACCAUCGUCAUGGCCAACCUGGCCUACCUGCAGUUCAAGGCGCAGCCGGGCCUGUGGCGCCUGGCCAUCCGGCCGGGCCGCAGCUCGCAGCUCUACGAGAUGGUGAGCGUCGGCAACGUCGGCUGGGACAGCCCGGGCGUCGAGGUGACGGGCGAGGACAUCACCCUCGACACCCUCAGCGGCCUCAAAAUCUACCCCGUCGUGCGCAAGAGAAAGGGCCAGGAGGCCGAGGACCUGCUCGAGGAGCUCGAUGCCGAGGGCCGGCCGGUCAAGAAGGCGGCGCGGACUGGCGCAAACGGCAUCGGCGGCGGCGGCGUCGUUGGGAUGCUCCGUUACGCGCUCGACGGUGCUUCCCGUGCCGCAUCUCAGGCCGUCGACGUUGUCCGCACCACUCUCGGACUGGACUCCUCCUCGUCCGCCUCCCAGACAUCGACGACGGCGGUGGCGAGGAAGCGGCACGCCGACAUCAACAUCUUCACCGUGGCGUCGGGCCACCUCUACGAGCGGAUGGCCUACAUCAUGGUGCUGUCGGUGGUCAAGCACACGCAGAGCAGCGUCAAGUUCUGGUUUAUCGAAAACUUUCUGUCGCCGUCGUUCAAGGAGUUUAUCCCGCACCUGGCGGAGCGGUACGGCUUCGAGUACGAGCUGGUGACGUACGCGUGGCCGCACUGGCUGCGGGCGCAGCGCGAAAAGCAGCGCACCAUCUGGGGCUACAAGAUUCUCUUCCUCGACACCCUCUUUCCGCUCGACCUGAGCAAGGUGAUUUUCGUCGAUGCCGACCAGGUGGUUCGAACCGACUUGCAGGAGCUUGUCGACCUCGAUCUGGGGGGUGCCGUGUACGGCUAUCCGCCGAUGGGCGACGACAGCGACGACAUGGAUGGGUUCCGGUUCUGGAAGCACGGCUACUGGAAGGAGUACCUGCGCGGCCGGCCGUACCACAUCUCGGCGCUGUACGUCGUCGAUCUGCACCGGUUCCGGCGCGUCGCGGCGGGCGACAAGCUGCGGGGCCAGUACCAGGCCCUAUCGGCGGACCCUGCCUCGCUGGCGAAUCUGGAUCAGGACCUGCCCAACAACAUGCAGGGUAGCCUGCCGAUCCAUACCCUCGACAAGGAGUGGCUGUGGUGCGAGACGUGGUGCAGCUCCGCCUGGCUCGACGACGCCAAGACCAUCGACCUCUGCUCCAACCCCAAGACCAAAGAGCCCAAACUCGACCGAGCACGAAGGCAGAUCCCCGAGUGGUCGGUCUACGAUGCCGAGGUGGCGGCGCUGGCGAGCGAGGUGGCCAAGCGGGGAGAGAGCCGAAACGUCGUCGACCCGGAGCAGGUCGUCGUCGAUGGAGGGCCCAGGCAGGGUAGCCACGAGGCCGAUGGAGGCGAGACGAGGGGCGGUCACGACGAGCUGUAA